CUUUCUCAAAUUAUUUCGGGGCAAACCAAUGGCAGAAGAAAACCAAAACAAGAAGAAAACAUAUCAAGUCAGAAAAGAAUGCAUAAAGCGGAAAACAAUGGAGCUUUCAACUCUCUGUGAUAUCAAGUGUUGUACUAUUAUUACGAGCCCUCAAGGGGAACUUCAGACUUGGCCUGAAAAUUUGGAUGCUGUUAAACAAGUUCUUAAUUUGUAUACUAAAACCCUAAGCCCCAACAAAAAGGCGAAUGAGGAAUUAUCAGAAGAAGAGAUUGAUAUUCUGACGUUAGUGGAAUCAAAACUUGAUGCUGUGAACAACAGAAUUCGUUACUUGGAGAAUAAGAAUGCUGGUUUUGUUAGUAAUAAUAAGGAUUGAAUGAUUUGUUGAUUGAUUGGAAACAGUAAUUCGUUUAUUAUUA